UGACUAAUGCAACGCCCUGAUUUUCGUCAAUUUUUUCCCUCAAAGUAUUUUUCUUUUUGGUUUAAUUUUUGUAAGAUGCUAAUGAUUCAGUGCGAAAGUCAGUUGCUCUUUUGAGUUGCUUAGAUUUGAUGAAAUAUCAAAUGUUAUUCUUUUUCUUAUGUCAAAAAAAUAGGUUAGGCUAGACCAGCAAAAAUUAUGCUGAUAAGAAGACUUUUACAAGCUUUUUAAUCACAGUGUUGAGAAAAAAUGACUUCUGUAUUUGAUCAGUACGAGCAGGCCUCUCAAAGGUCAAAACAACCUGCACAGUCAUCUAUAAGGCCUGAGAUUAAUCCUGCUGGGCUCAUACAAAUGAAACUUCAAGAUGAAAUCCCUAUUUUUAUCAAGCAGAAGGUCAACUUCAUGCCUCCUGAUAAAAUUGUACAUAUGUGUGUCAGCAGCAAUUAUGUUGUAAUCGCAAUGGCUAAUAAUAUUAUCCUUAGGAUAGAUAUGAAACAGCCAGAUAAGCCAGAAGAAAUUGACAUCACUAAAUACCUUGGAAAUUUAAAAUUGUCUGGCAUGUUUCUUGACCCUUUAGGAUAUCAUUUGUUAAUAGCUGCUGCUCCAAAACAAAAUGACCCCACUUCAGUGCCAGAGCUUUUCUAUUUACAUAGAAAAGCAACAAAAUUCAAACAGUCUUCAAAGUUUAGAGGACAUGAAAUUACUGCAGUUGGCUGGAAUGUUACUAAUACAUCUGAAACCACUUCUGGACCCAUUUUACUUGGAUCUUCUAAAGGCCUCAUAUUUGAAACUGAAAUAGGUUUAGAUGGAGAUAAAAUAUUUACUACAAGUUUAGAGCAGUACUCAAAACAGGUUUUUGAUAUUGGUAAGGAUAGUAAACCCCCUAUAACUGGUAUAGAAUUCAGAAGAAUACCCAAUACAGAUAAAUAUGUUAUUAUAUUGACAACACUUAUUCGUAUUUAUCAAUAUAUUGGAGUUGUAAAUAAUCACGAAGAAAAGCCUCUUCUUCAACAAGUAUUUAGCAAAUAUUUAAAUAUUAAAGAGCGUUUUAAUCAAUUGGAAAGUUCAUUGCCAUAUUCAAAAAUGCAAUUCUAUUAUUCUUUUCCUCAAGAAUUUCCAAAAUCAUUCAGUUGGUUGACUGAAACUGGUAUAUUAUAUGCUCAGGUUGAUACAAAAUCAGAUCCAGAAAAUAUAUUGAUUAAUCAGCAGUUUUUGCCAUGUCCUGAAACUAGUCUAUUAAGCAGUAGUAUAAAUAACACAAAUAAAAAGAAAACAGCAGCUCCCCUUUCAUUUGUUCUUACAGAAUUUCAUGUUCUUCUUUUAUAUGUUGAUCAUGUGAAAGGUGUUUCUCUUUUAAAUCAGGAACUUAUUUUUGAAGAUAUUUAUAACGAUGCUUAUGGAAAACUUGUUAAUAUAGUUAAAGAUUGUACAAGUGGAUCAAUUUGGGCCUAUAGUGAAAGAGCAGUUUUUAAAUACAAAGUAACUAAAGAAGAUCGUAAUGUUUGGCAGGUAUACAUAGACAAAGGAGAAUUUGAUUUAGCAAAACAAUACUGCGGGGACAACCCAGCUCACAUUAACCAAGUACUUGUGAAACAAGCUGAGAAUUUGUUUAAUAAUAAAGAAUAUGAAAAAAGUGCACUUAUUUAUGCCGAUUCUCAUUCUUCCUUUGAAGAAGUUUGUCUGAAAUUCAUGGAAAAGAACCAAAUGGAAGCUCUGAAAACAUUUCUUGUGAAGAAACUUGAAGGUUUGAGACCGCAAGAUAAAACGCAAAUUACAAUGCUCGUAGUCUGGAUAGUCGAGCUCUUUGUGAGUCAAAUGGGCGAGAUCCGUUGCAGCGAAUCUACCACUUACCAACAAAAUCCGCGAUACGUAGAGCUUCAGAAACUAUUCGACAGUUUUCUCGCGAUUGACAAAGUCGAUGAUUGCGUGCGAAAAAAUCGCAGCGUCAUUUGUAAUAUACUGGCCAGCCAUGGUGACAAGGAUAUUUUGUUGAAAUUAUCCAUCAUGAAUCGCAAUUACGAAGAAGUAAUAAGACAGCAACUUUACAAGAGAAACUUCCUCGAAGCUUUGGAAGUGCUGAAGAGCCAGCCAAACAAAGAGUUAUUUUAUCAAUUUAUCAGCACGUUACUCGAUGAAUUGCCAAAACCAACGGUUGCAGCUAUUAUCGCUCAAGGAUCGUUGUUGAAGCCGUCCAGAUUGAUACCGGCUCUAGUCUCUUGUACAACAGAUGAAAAACAUGCCCGGGAGAUCAUACGCUAUCUGGAACACUGCAUUUAUGAGCAGAGUUGUCAAGAACAGGCAAUCCACAAUUUCCUACUUUCGCUCUACGUUCGUUACAAAAAAGACGAAGUUAUGCGCUACAUUAGCUCACAAGGUCAAGACAUAAGCAUGGUGCACUACGACGUUCGUUAUGCUCUGCGCCUCUGCAAAGAAAACGAUCUUACUGAAGCUUGCGUGCAAUUGUCCGCGUUGCUCGGCCUCUGGACGACGGCAAUCGAUUUAGCGCUGACCAUAAGCGUUGAUUUGGCUAAACAAAUUGCAGCCAUGCCGUCGCAUCACGGAAACGAUGAACUGAGAAAAAAACUUUGGCUUAAAAUCGCUGAACACGUUGUUAGAGAGAAGAACGAUAUUAAACAAGCGAUGGAAUUUUUGCAACAAUGCGAACUCGUUAGGAUUGAGGAUAUCUUACCAUUUUUCGACGAUUUCGUCACAAUUGAUCAUUUCAAGGAAGCUAUUUGCAAUUCUUUACAGGAAUAUAAUCGCCACAUGCAAGAUCUCAAAGAGGAAAUGGAAGAAGCUACCAAAGCCGCGGAAGUCAUCAGACAGGAUAUCAAAGCUUUUCGUAAUCGUUGCACAUUUGUCCACUCAAAGGACGUCUGUAAUAAUUGCAACAUACAGCUGCUUCUUCGACCUUUUUACGUGUUUCCCUGUGGACAUCGUUUCCACAGCGAUUGCCUAGUAGCAGCCCUCACGCCGAUGCUCACGUUGCAGGAUCAAACGAAACUGGCCGAAUUGCAACACCAGUUGACAAUGGCAACUAAUGGCGAUCUGAAUCGAGGCGGCGAUAAUGCGAGUAUCUCGGCUUCUCUCUCGACGAAGGAACAAAUCAAGGCCGAUAUCGACGAACUGAUUGCUUCAGAAUGUCUCUACUGUGGAGACUUGAUGAUAGAAUCUAUUGACAAGCCUUUCAUAGAUGAAGAUGAUUAUGAACGAGUUGUGAAAGAGUGGGCUUAAAACAUUCCAAUGUUAUGUACAAUUAAAUUCAUACUUCAGCUGUGGAGGCUGUAAGGGCUGUAUAUAAUGAAAUAAGAGAAACAUCAUGAAAUUAUUUCUCUUUGAUAAUUUUUAUAUGUAAAUAAGUUAUCUUAAAUUUGUGAUAAAUCAAUUUGAAUUUGAAGAAAUUGAUUUCGCAAGUUAAAAUUAUGUCAUCUUUUCUUUUAUUAAAUGCAAUGAAAUUUUUAUGUGCUUUUUUAAAAGCUUGCAGUUGUAUAAUAAACAAUGAAAUAUUAGAAAGUAA